CAAUGCAGCAGCAGUGUUUCAGUGCAGAAGCACCCACACCAGAGAGAUGCUGCUUGUUCUCCUUUUGUAAGUCACAGCAAAGACAAACAAUGCAUCAUUACCUUCAGCCUGGAGUCCCCUAUAUCACUUCAUCAAUAACUUGCAUGAAGUAGAUCAAUAUAUGACUUCAGGCCACAUACUCUGCACCAAACCCUAAUUAAUGCUGGCCAAAAGCAACCUUUUGGGGCAGGUUACUAUGGGGGUGAGGGAGACACUGGGAUGGUGCAAGGCCAGCUCCUGUUCUGCACUUAGCUCGUUGUUCCUGCUCAGAAAACAGUUAUUUCUCCCUUUUCCACCACCCAGCUGGGACAUGGAAAUGGGACAGCAGUGGUCAGACAGGAUAGGGCAGGAGAGGAGCUCUGCAGGUCCCCUUUGUGCCUGCACAGAGGAAGGGGCCACUGGCACAGUGCUCCUCACAGUGCAGCAGCCACCACAGGCGCCCCAGAGCCCCUGUCUCCCCUCAGCGCCCUGCCUCAGAGGGGCCUCGCCGCCACCCUGCCCUGCCACACAUGGCGCCCGGCCGCGGCCAGAGGAGGCCACCUGUGCCGCUCGUCUAUGUCAACAGCUUCGGCUCGCACCGCUGCGGCUCUGUCAUCCGCUAUGGCAGCAGCUGCCAGGAGGCUAAGGAGGGCCGGGGUGAGCCCCUGUUUUCCCAGCUGAGCCCCAGAGGGAAGGUCAGGAGGCAGAGGGGUGCCCUGGUGCUGGGGCACAAGACCAGCCCUGGGCCUGCUGCAGGUGGCAGAAGGCAGGCGGUGGGGAGCUGUGGUGUGGUGGAGCCUGUCAGCAGCCAUCACGGUGACCUUCAAGAGGCCAAGGCUGACACCUUCGACUUCCCCCUCCCUUCAAGAAAUGUUGAUAAAGUAAUUAAACGAAAGAAGCAAAAGUCUAAAGUCUGGCCUAAGGUCUGGAAAGUCAUUUCAAAAAUGCUUGCAGAAAAUGAAGAAUUCAGAAGCCGGCUCGUGACUUGCAAACAGUUCAAUGGAGAAGGCAAUGAUAUGACCCAAAGUUCACAGAAUGAGCCAUCCUCCCUGGACAGGGAGGAGUGCAUCUUUGGCUGGGUAUAGCAAGAAAUUAAAGGAAGACUCAAUCCAAAAGGAAAUAUAAAAGUAGUGAAAGUUUUUACUUUGAUCUAGUUCUUACUGAAGUCAGCGGCAAGGCUGUGAGAGAUUUCAGUGCACACAGGUUCCCUGUUCGUGUGGUGCAUGUGCUUCUACUGUUUAAGAGAUUUGUUUUUACAGUGGCUUAAACAGUUCUGUUGCAAGAUAUUUAUUUCAAGUCAUUAAGUCGAGUGUUUCACUUAGCUAUUAGUUUUCAAAAUCUUUGCAAUAAGAGUAAUAUUGUGACAGUUUGCUUGCAAAAGAAUAGAGAUACAAUUUAGCAUUGACAGUAUUUAUAUCUAUUUUUUGCAGCUUGUCAGAAUCAUAAGCAAACACAAAUUCAGUAAGGCAGAACUCCACACAAGAUACAAAGAAACACAUUUUUUUUUCUUACCAAUUUGAAUAAAUUUGACUUUAUUAUAUUAAAAUAAUACACAAUUACCCUUCUGUUCAUUCAUCCAUUUAUACAUGAAUCUCAGCAACUACUUUGAAUAUGAAGCCAGGUGAAUGUUUUCUGUCUUGCUGUUCAUCGUGAAGCACAUAAUGAUAUCAUCAUAAUCAGAAAGUAUUGUUUAUCUAGCUGACUUCAGUAACACAAUAUAAUUUUCAUCUGUUAUGAAGUUUCAUACUUGAACUCUUGGUUGACUGUAAAAGCCUUUUAAACUAGCAAAUUGUGUAAAUGGAACAUGAGCACUGCAUAAAAAUAGUAUGUGUAUGGAUUUCAUCUCUGUAGCUAAAACAUUCACCUGUCACAAUUAGACAUCCUUGGUUUCAAUAAAAGGAUUGUUUCCUCAUUGCAUAAUGUUCGCAGAUAUAAUGACUGGGAUGUCAGAGUGUUGAGCUUUAAUAAUAUGCUAGUGAUUGUGUCAUUAAGCAGCAAAGCAUUUGGUAGGGUUUCAUCUCUGUUUUCUCAAUAGCAAAACUGCAAGUAUAUAACUGGAAUGUGCCUUUUUGAUGACAGCUCUGGCAUCAAGGUUUUUUUUCUGGUUUGUGGUUGAGUAAUAUUCUGAUUUUACUUAAAAUAGUUGACAUUUCAGCUUGGAAAAGGAAGUGAGAAAGCAAAAUAAUCAAUCAAGAUGUGAUCAUUUUUCUGGCAUAGCAAAAAUGUCAUAGUUCUUUGUUAUUCUCAAAAUACAUGUUUGGAGUCACAAGUUUGGUUGGGUUUU